AUGGCACUGCCAUUAAGGAACAGGUUCUAUGCUCGCGCUGGCGAGAAUAAACUUCCUCUUUCUCAUCCAGAGGUUGCGGUAGCACGGCCCAAAUUCUUUGGCGCGGCGUUGCUGAACUUUGUUCUGUACAUUCUUUUGUUUUUCUGCCUCUUUUGCUAUUUAUAUGGGUCCCUCUUUCAGCAAGUUCCUCGAACACACAACAUUCACAUCUUGUGGGUCGAUUAUGAUGGCGGAAUCAUUGGGGAUGCCGUGCGAAAUGCGUACAGCUCUUUACAGUCACACCAAUUUCCCUCUUUAAUUGAGAAAACCGCUUCGCAAUUCCCUACUCCAGGCGACUUGAGGGAAGCUGUUUGCAGAUCGCACUAUUGGGCCGCCCUGUUUACAUCUCCCGGGGCUUCUGUCAAUUUGGCUCAAGCCAUUGCUGGAACUAACACAUCUGUAUAUAACACGUCAGACGUGCUCACAUUCAUCUGGAAUGAAGCCAAAUAUCCUACUAUUGUGGACGGUGCCAUCUCGACGAACCUUCACACGCUGGCUGAUGCCGCACGCGUUUCUUUCAUCGCUCUCAAUGGCUCCUCUGCUUUCCAAACAAUUCCGCCCAACAACUCUGCUGCUCUGUCUGCCUUUGCGAAUCCCUGGACCCUGGCGUCAAUCAACAUCAGGCCGACGAUUCAAGGCACUCGUGCGGUCUACAACACGAUAUCUUUUGUCUUGGUUCUCAUUGAGGAUUUCUUCUUCCUUGCUACAUUCAAUGGGCUAUAUAACCAAUUCAAAAUCUUUUUGCGAAUAGGACCGGAACGAAUCAUCAUUGUUCGCACCGCCAUCUCUCUUACAUUCACCAUGGUCAGCGCAAUGGUGAAUUCUGCUGCCAUCUGGGCGUUCAAGGCGAACUGGGGUGUCACAGCAGGUCAAUGGGCCCUCAGUUGGCUGACUUUAUGGCUAUUCGCCCACGCCAACUUUCUCCUAUUCGACACUUUCACCAUCUGGAUUCCUCCACAGUUUAUAUCAAUGUCCCUCGUCACUUGGAUUGUGAUGAACAUCACGUCAAUCGUAUUUCCAUUCAGCGUAAUGUCACCCUUUUAUCGCUUGGGAUACGCACUGCCUGCACACGCAGCCUAUGAAAUCCUUACCGACAUCUGGUCCAACGGCUGCAAUCCGCAUCUAUCUUACGCUCUACCAGUCUUAUUUGCAUACGAAGUACUUGGGCUUAUCGCGACUAGUAUAGGCGUAUACAAACGUUGCCACAAUGCUGUGAUAGUGGAAGAGACUACCAAAGAGGCUAUGCGAUUACGAGUA